CUGCCACAGGAGCAGAAAAGAGCUUCAAAAAGUUAUCCGGCCCCGCCGAACACACGGCACACCCCCACCACCUUUAAAAAAGUUCUCCUCCAAACACUCCUUUCUCUCUCUUCAUUUUAAAUACUGGCGAGCUCGCCAUAUAUGAUUUGUGAACUAUACUUUGUUUCUUGGCAACAUUCCAGCAACCACAGCAGCAAACAGCAGCAUUCAGGGUCCGGAGAAUCGUGAUCUUUUUCGAUGCAGUCUCAACCUUUCUCCUCUUCUUUUGACCAACAACAGCCAUCCACCGCUUCAUCAUCAUCAUCCUCUUUACCUAGUUUGAUGACUCAACAACAGCAACAGGAAAUUCCGUUUGUACGAUCCACACAAGGGUUUCCUCGGAGUGCAUUAGAUCGUGCUGCUGCUGCCAAAUUGCGGCUGGAACAUAAUUACAAAGUUUCUUUGCAACAAGCCAUUGAACGAAACCAAAGACGUGUCGAUCUUGAAAAACGAUUACUACAAGAACCUGGUAGUCAGGAAAAAAAGAACAGACAGCUACAGUCUUUGGGUCGAAAGGAAUCACAAUAUUUACGCCUGCAGCGUACACGAUUAGGACUAGAUGACUUUGUUACAGUCAAAGUCAUUGGCAAAGGUGCCUUUGGUGAAGUGCGUUUAGUACAAGCUGGCGAUACAGGAAAGAUCUAUGCCAUGAAAACGCUACGAAAAUCCGAAAUGUUAAAGAAGGAUCAGCUAGCGCACGUCAAAGCAGAACGCGAUGUAUUGGCAGAGUCCGAUUCACCUUGGGUGACGCAGUUAUAUUUUUCUUUCCAAGAUACACAAUACCUAUACCUGAUCAUGGAAUUCUUACCAGGCGGCGACUUGAUGACCAUGUUGAUUAAAUAUGACACGUUUAGCGAACCGGUUACUCGAUUCUAUAUGGCCGAAAUUGUCUUGGCGCUGGAAGCGGUGCACAAGUUGGGAUUCAUUCACCGUGACAUUAAGCCGGACAAUAUAUUGAUCGAUAAAGAUGGCCAUAUCAAACUAUCUGAUUUUGGUUUAUCUACUGGAUUUCACAAAACGCAUCAUUCGCAGUAUUAUCAACGCUUAUUGGACGGAGCACAAAAUACCAGCGGAACAGAGAGCAUCCAUUUAAGCACCAAAGAAAAGAUCGCAACCUGGAAAAAGAAUAGAAGAGGAUUGGCAUAUUCAACUGUCGGCACGCCGGACUAUAUCGCACCAGAAAUAUUUUUACAGAAAGGAUACGGCCAAGAAUGUGAUUGGUGGUCGUUGGGCACAAUCAUGUUUGAAUGUCUGUGCGGCUACCCACCGUUUUGCUCUGAUAAUCCGCAUGAAACGUAUCGCAAAAUCAUGAAUUGGCGCGAGACGCUUAUAUUUCCUGACGAUCAACCUAUUAGCCGUGAGGCAGAGGAUCUCAUAAGACGAUUGGUCUGUGAUUCUGAGUAUCGUCUUGGUCGACUGAGCGUAGAUGAGAUCAAAGCACAUCCAUUCUUUUACGGUGUCAACUGGGAAACGUUACGGUCAGAACCAUCACCUUAUGUACCACAGCUCACCAGCAUUACAGACACCAGCCAUUUCCCCACUGAAGAAUUGGAUGCGGUGCCAGAAGCGGUUGAAACCGCUAUCCCUCAAGGUUACCAAUCAGAUACCGUGAAUGCACAAAAGGAUUUGGCAUUUGUUGGCUAUACUUUCAAGCGUUUUGAUUACCUAACGAAAAAGAACAUUUUAUAAAGGGUGUUGUUUGAAAAAUAAAGUUCGCCAGCCAUUUAGAGCAAUCAUCAGUUGCAG